GUAAAGCAAAGGUUGAAUAUUUGGAUGAAUAUCUGUUGGGUUCAUCAACAAGUUGUGAUAAUGAAUCUGGUGGUACUGGUGUCCAAGCAGUUGAAGUCAGAAAUGAUGUCCACAAUAACUUUAAUGAUAACAAUGUUAAUCAGGCUGCUUUAGAAAAACAUCAAGAAUUGCGGCUAAGGGUCAAUAGCAAAUUUGCUGGAUUGCCUUUUACAGCCAAGCAAUAUUCAUCAUUGGAUGAUCACUGUGGAGCUGAAGUAACCAAAUCAGGAAAUUAUGCUGAAGGAAGUGGCAAGAUUUGCAAGUCUAUGCAGUUAUAUUCACCUGAAGUAGAGAAUUCUUUGCCUAUACAAAUUGAUGAGAUAAAAUGUUCCACCUUGCAGUCCUCUGUGAGGGUUGAACCUUCAGGUGGCAUUGAGUCCAUUGACAUGCAGAACCUAGACUUAUCCUUUACUGGACCACAGGUAAAGAGUGAAGUGGAUAGCCUGUCUGAACUCUAUGAAGAGAUGAUAGACAAUAUGACGUUGGCUGAUCGAAUUAAGUUUAGAAAAUCUAUGAGGUUUUCUGAACAGACUACAUCUAGCAGUUCUGAGUGCUUUGGGAAGGUUGUACCUUUUUCCUCUGAGUCUAGCCUCCGGAAGGUUGUACCUUUUUCCUCUGAGUCUAGUCUAUGGAAGGUUGCUCCUUUGUCCUCUGAGUCUAGCCUAGUUAUCUCAGAGUCUGCUAAACCUCGCAGUGUCAGGCGUCCAAAAAGAAAGAAGACUGCCAGGGGUUCAGUAAAAGAAGCACUAGAGGAAGAUGCCCCUGAACUCUUGCAGGUUUUGGUUAAAGAAGGUAUACUGAUUGAUGGCAUUAAGCUUUAUGGUGAGGCUGAGAGUGAUGAGGCCCUAGAUGAAUCAUUAGAUGAAGGUGGCUUCUCAGAGCUUGAAGAAGUGAUGUCAAAGGUAUUCUUUCACCGAAACUCAUCCUUGAAAUUUCCUCCUAUCCGAUGUGCAAAAGGUUCAAGACCGAGUUAUUGCUUGGCUUGUUUAUUCUCACUUGUAGAGCAGGCACGAUAUCUACAAUUCCGUAAAUGGCCUGUUGAAUGGGGUUGGUGCCGAGAUCUCAAAUCAUUUAUAUUUGUCUUUGAAAGACAUAAAAGAAUAGUGCUUGAACGUCCUGAAUAUGGUUAUGCAACAUACUUCUUCGAGCUGGUUUAUUCUUCACCAAUUGAAUGGCAGAUUAAGCGGUUGGUGACAUCCAUGAAACUCACUAGUUGCGGCAGAAUCACGCUACUUGAGAACAAACCUUUAUUGGUUGGAGAACAUUUGACUGAAGGUGAGGCGAAAGUAUUAAUGGAAUAUGGUUGGAUACCAAAUACUGGCUUGGGAACAAUGCUCAACUACUGUGACAGGGUUGUGCAUGAUAGAAAGCAUGAGAAAGAUACCUCAGAAUGGAAAUCAAAAAUAGAAAAGGUACUGAUUGAUGGUUUUAAUGGUGGAAGUAUUGUUUCAACCACCUUAGUAGAUCCCGUUACUAAGUAUGAGGAGACAGAGAACCCACAGAUUAAGUUGGAGCCUGAGUAGGUAUCAGCUUGGUACAUAGUUUUGUAAAUAUUUUGCACAGAUCAAUAAGCUUAACAGCAGGCAGAUAUGAAGUCCAUCCUGUUCAUUGCUUUCAUGUAACAAAGUUCUUGGUAGAUCUGAUAAUUUGAACUUCCAUAUUGUUUGCUUUACCCAGUUGGUGGUAAAGGUGAUGUAUAAAAAACGUCUAAAAAUCAAUUUGUGCAAA